AUGGCUCCCAGAGUUUGGCUCAUAACCGGCACGUCCAACGGCUUCGGUCUCGAGCUCUCCAAAAUCGCUGCCUCUCGCGGCGACCUCGUCAUCGCCGGGACUCGGGACCCAAGUCGCGCAACCUCCUUAUCCAACGUACCCAACAUCACAGUUGUGCGUCUCGACCACAACGAACCCCUUCCUCAACUCCAAUCCAUCAUAGAAAAGCAAAUCCUACCAAUCCACGGGACCAUCGACAUAAUCGUCAACAACGCGGCCUACGUACAAACCGGCACAGUCGAAGAGACCACACCCGAGGAAACGCAGCGCGAGUUCGAAGCCAACGUCUUAGGUCCUAUAAACCUAUACCGCGCGGUACUGUCACACUUGCGGCAGAAGCGGGCCGGGACGCUAGUUACGAUAGGGUCUAUGGCGUGCUGGUACUCGAUGAGCUGUUGCAACGCGUAUAACGCAUCCAAGGCAGCGUUACGGACCUAUACGCUUGGCUUAGCUGACGAGGUGGCACAAUUUGGUAUCCGUCACUGUCUCGUUGAACCCGGUUACUUCCGUACUGCGCUUCUCGAGCCCAGUUCCACUCACUUCGCCGCGACUUCGCAAACCGCACGCUUCCCCGACUACGCAGAGCUAAACGCAACAGCCGACGCAGGCUUCGCAUCCAUCCACAAGAACCAACUAGGCGAUCCAGUCAAAGGCUGCGAGAUAAUUUACGACGUAAUCACCUCCACCGGCAUCGCCGCCGGCCGCCCCCUACCCCGAUUCCUACCCGUAGGCAGCGACGCAUGUGAAGAGAUCGUAAAGAGCGCGCAGGCCAGCAUCGACGGGGUGCGGGAGUGGGAGGGUAUUGCGCGAUUGAGUGAUUUGCCGGUAGGGAAGUAA